CCAUCGGUCGCUGCCGCUGUUGCUGUUGCCUGGCAGCUGCUAAAUAAUGAAGCCUUGUCCUUUUCCGACCGCCCACGCCCAUCACUUGACUGGCGAGCGUGUUGGAUUCUACUCUGUCGUCCGAGAACUCUGAGUCGCCCGUCCGCAUUCGCCACCCUCCAGCUUGAAUCACCCAUCACCAAGGAUCACGAAACGCUCCAAGAACGAAGAUAUCCAAGAAAAGAAGGUUAUCCUCCCGCCUCGGGACCUCCAUGAUUGGGACCAUAAAAUAGACGCGGUCGCUUCGUGCUUGGCAGCUUCAGUCCGGGUCCGUCGGAUGAUGGGCUUCGAGGCUUCGAGCCGAGGGUGCUCGUUUUAAGGAGCUCUUCGAGUGGCCGCGACUCUUCAGCAUCCUGGGGGUUUGAGGAAAUGGAGGAAGAGGAUGGGAUCGAGGAAGGCAGUUGGAGUGGGGGCGAGGGAUCGAGGUGGGUCGAUGGGAAUGAGGUGGAUUCCGAGACGGCGUCCUGGUCUUGGCUCGGCGAGAACGAGGGGAGAGAAGGCCAACGCUACGGUUCCAUGAGGAGGCGGCUCGUGAAGAAGCCCAAGCGGGCCGACUCCUUCGAUGUGGAGGCCAUGGAGAUCGCCGGCGCUCAUGGGCAUCACCCCAAGGACCCUUCUGUUUGGCAAACUCUUUUCUUGGCAUUUCAAACACUUGGCAUCGUCUAUGGAGACAUGGGCACAAGUCCUUUGUAUGUAUUUGCUGAUGUAUUCAGCAAAGUGGCCAUCGAGUCCGAUGUUGAUGUCUUGGGUGCUUUAUCGUUGGUCAUGUACACCAUCGCCCUCGUUCCCUUAGCCAAAUACGUUUUUGUUGUGCUGAAAGCCAAUGAUAAUGGGGAAGGAGGUACUUUUGCCCUUUACUCUUUAAUCUGCAGAUAUGCUAAUGUAAAUAUGUUGCCCAAUCGUCAACCUGCCGACGAGCGCAUCUCAAGUUUUAAGCUCAAACUGCCAACCCCUGAGCUAGAGAGGGCCUUGAACAUAAAAGAAACUCUUGAGAACAGACCAUCAUUAAAAACCCUCCUCUUGCUUUUGGUUCUAAUGGGAACUUCCAUGAUCAUUGGAGAUGGCAUUCUCACUCCAGCAAUAUCAGUGAUGUCUGCUGUCAGUGGGCUGCAGGGUGAACUAGAAGGAUUUGGAACAAAUAUUUCUGCAGGUGCUGUGGUUAUUGUCUCAAUUGUGAUACUAGUGGCACUAUUCAGCAUACAACAAUUUGGGACUAGCAAAGUGGGCUUCUUAUUUUCUCCUAUUCUUGCUUUGUGGUUCUUUUCCCUGGGAUCUAUUGGACUUUACAACCUUGUAGAGUAUGAUAUAACUGUCUUGAGGGCAGUGAAUCCUGCUUACAUUUAUUUCUUCUUUAAAAAGAACAGUGGAGUUGCAUGGUCAGCACUCGGAGGUUGUGUUCUCUGUAUUACAGGAUCUGAGGCAAUGUUUGCUGAUUUGGGUCAUUUCACGGUGCGAUCUAUACAGAUUGCCUUCACUACUGUGGUGUUUCCCUGCAUCCUCUUGGCUUACUUGGGCCAAGCUGCUUACCUAAUGAAGAACCCAGAUUCAGCUGAAAGAAUUUUCUACGAUUCUGUGCCAGAUAGUCUUUUCUGGCCAGUCUUUGUGAUUGCCACUCUUGCUGCCACAAUCGCCAGUCAAGCAAUGAUAUCUGCUACAUUUUCAUGUGUUAAGCAAUCUAUGGCUCUUGGAUGCUUCCCGAGGCUGAAGAUAGUCCACACCUCAAAGAAGCGAAUGGGACAAAUUUACAUCCCCAUGAUCAAUUGGUUCUUGAUGGUUAUGUGCAUAAUGGUGGUAUCGAUAUUUCAGAGCACUACGGACAUUGCAAAUGCAUAUGGCAUAGCUGAAGUAGGUGUCAUGAUGGUGAGCACGACCUUGGUGACAAUUGUGAUGCUUCUGAUCUGGCAGACAAAUCUGUUUCUCGCUCUAUGCUUCCCCCUGAUAUUUGGAUCAGUGGAGUUCAUCUAUUUAUGUGCAGUUCUAUCAAAAAUCAAGGAAGGUGGUUGGCUUCCACUGGUCUUUGCUUCAUGCUUCCUCUGCGUGAUGUACGUUUGGAACUAUGGGAGUGUGUUGAAGUACCAGAGUGAGGUCAGGGAAAAAAUAUCCAUGGAUUUCAUGCUCGAACUUGGGUCAAGCCUUGGCACCCUUAGAGUACCAGGUAUUGGCUUGCUUUACAACGAGCUUGUUCAAGGCAUUCCAUCCAUUUUCGGGCAGUUCUUGUUGAGCUUACCAGCAAUCCACUCAACUAUGGUCUUUGUGUGCAUCAAAUAUGUACCCGUGCCUGUGGUUCCUCAAGAGGAAAGGUUCCUAUUUCGAAGAGUUUGCCCUAAAGACUAUCAUAUGUUCCGUUGUGUAGCACGAUAUGGUUACAAAGAUGUAAGGAAGGAAGAUCAUCAUGCAUUUGAACAACUUCUGGCCGAAAGCCUUGAGAAGUUUUUGAGAAGGGAGGCCGAAGAUCUGGCUCUAGAGAGCAAUUUACACGAGAUGGAGUUUGACAAUAUGUCAACUGGAUCCAGGGGCUCCAGGACUCAGGGCAUAGAUGGAGUGGAAGAGCUCCGAGUCCCACUCAUGCAGGUGCAGAGACUGGAGGAGGUGAGCACUACAACCUCAGAAGAUGCUGUAUCGGUUUUGCCAUCUAGUGUCAUGGCUUCAGAUGAAGACCCGGGCUUAGAGUAUGAGCUUUCAGCUCUAAGAGAAGCGAUGGAUUCAGGAUUUACUUAUUUACUUGCUCACGGGGAUGUGAGGGCAAGGAAAGACUCUUGGUUUCUCAAGAAACUUGUUAUAAACUACUUCUAUGCAUUCCUGAGGCGAAAUUGUAGAGCAGGAGCGGCAAAUAUGAGCGUGCCUCACAUGAACCUCAUCCAAGUUGGGAUGACAUAUAUGGUGUGACCUGUUGUCUACCGCCAAUCUAUUAGACUCUCCCCUGGUCAUCUAGUCGAUGUCGGCGAGGUAUUUUGAUCUCGUGUCCAGUCAAAAUCUUCAAGGGGGAUCGGAACAUGAAAUAAGAAUCAACAAUCUUUAUUGGUACAGUGAUGGGCAAGCGCAUGGACUCUCUUUUUAAGUCCUGACUGGUUUCCGGUGGUUUAUGUUUUCGCACUGAUCACUGCUUGGCACAGCCUCCAUGAGUCACCUACUGUUUGGGUAUUCUUGACUGUUUUUUUGCCCCUCCAGCCAAUUGGGUUUUUUAAUUGUCUGGUCUCGCAUUAUCUGUUCUUCAGGUGAAAUUUUUUGGUGUUGUCUUUCUCAUUAUAUUCCUCAUUUAUUGUUGGUGGACUUUAGUGGUCGACAGACAUUAUUCUGUGUUAAUUUUGCUACUGGUGUAUGGUCCUGCAAGAAAAGAAAAGUACGUGUUUAAACCCUUUUCCAAA